CGACACGCGCCAUCAGCUCGCGUAAGGCGAAAGUUCCAUUACAAAAGUCCAGAUUGCGCGGUUUGUCGGUUAGUAUCAGUAAUAAGCAUGCUCGACCACUCACUUCAUCGAGGGAGUAUCCGUGCGUUGCUAACUCCAUUCGAGGGUGGCGAAAAAUGCUCACCCUCACCUCCGCCAGCUCCGCUCUAACAUUAUUCCCGGAAUGCAAAACCCAACGGCGCCGAUUCUCAAUUUCGGCGGCGGCGGAUUAUAAGUUCCCUUCCUUUCUACCAAAACAAAUGGAAGAAAUCAAAGACCCAUUUGCCCGAAAACUCGCCACCCGAAUCGAAAGACUGCCCGUAAAUGUUAGCUUCUCAGAAAAAAGCAUUAUGAGUAGUUGCGUGAAGCCAUUGAUUCAGAGCAACCAAAAUCCAGUGGUUCUCCUUCAUAGCUUUGACAGUUCUUGUUUAGAAUGGAGAUACACAUUUCCAUUGCUUGAGGAGGCUGGUUUGGAAACUUGGGCUAUUGACAUUCUUGGUUGGGGUUUCUCUAAUUUAGAAAGAAUCAAGUCAUGUGAUGUAGCAUCUAAGCGUGAGCAUUUCUAUCAGCUGUGGAAGUCAUACAUCAAAAGGCCAAUGACAUUGGUCGGGCCAAGUUUGGGCGCUGCUGUUGCAGUUGAUUUUGCAGUCAACCACCCGGAAGCUGUUGAAAAUCUUGUUUUGAUCGAUGCAAGUGUAUAUGCGGAAGGUACAGGAAACCUAGCAAAGUUACCUCGAGCAGUAGCCUAUGCUGGGUUUAAUGCUUACCAGCACAUGUUGGGUACUUUUUCUUUUUCCCUUUUUGAGAAGGGGGUCGGCUUGUUAAAUCUAUGUUCCUCAGACUCCAAUGUAUCUAUAUUGAAGAGCUUCCCGCUACGCUUAUAUACAACUUUUUUGGCAUUCAAGGGUGUGUCAUUUGACACCGGCUUAGACUGGGUUAAUAUUGGUAAACUGCAUUGCCUAUAUCCUUGGUGGGAGGAUGCAACUGUGAGUUUUAUGAUCAGCGGUGGUUACAAUGUUAGCCGACAGAUAGAUCAGGUGAUGCAGAAGACACUUAUCAUAUGGGGUGAGGAUGACCAGAUUAUUAGCAACAAGCUAGCAGUGAGACUGCACUUUGAGCUGCCGAAUUCAAAUAUUCGCCAAAUACCCGAUUGCGGUCAUCUUCCUCAUGUAGAAAAGCCAGAUUCUGCUGCCAGAUUAAUCUUGGAAUUUAUGCAGAAUCACAGCUGCCAGAAAAAGGCCCAGUUGGCCCCUACUGAAGAAGUUGUGUAUUAAUCGUGCAUGACUGAAAUUAAAGACGCGGCAUAUAUUAUAUAGCUUUCAUCAUAGGUGUGUUGAUCACGAUGAUUAUCUUCGUUUCCACUUCUUUUUUGUGCCGAAAUUUACUGCCAUAGCGUCAUUUCAUUCAUGUUACAAACUGUUGUUUUAAACCCAAAGCAAAUAAUAUGGAGUUUUCCUUGAAA